GGCCAAGGACUUUCUAUUUUGCUGGGCUGUGACAGGAGAAUGAAAGGCGGACGCUGGCGUUAUACUCGGCUGCCUACCCAGGUGGAGGACCACCUGUCUGGGGAGGAGAAGGAGGAGGAGGAGGAAGAAGAAGAAGAAGAGGAGGCAGCCCCAGCCUCUGCCCCUGAGGACCCCAUAGAGCCCCAACUGACAGAAGCCAGCCAGGUCCUGGGUGCCUCAGAGAUUAAGCAGCUCAGUCUCCACCUCCCCCCGAGAAUCACUGGCCACCCCUGGAGUCUUGUUUUCUGCACAUCGAGAGAUGGCUUCAGUCUACGGAGACUGUAUCGGCAGAUGGAGGGCCACAGUGGGCCAGUACUGCUGCUGUUGAGAGACCAGGAUGGGCAGAUGUUUGGCGCCUUCUCCUCCUCGGCUAUCCGACUCAGCAAAAGCUUCUAUGGUACUGGAGAGACUUUCCUCUUCUCCUUCUCCCCACAGCUGAAGACGAGGAAACCAAGGCACAGAGAGGUUAACUUUGAGGAAUUUAAGGAAGGUUUGGUGGCUGUGCUGUCAUCAAAUGCUGAUGUUGGCCCCUCCGAUGAAGAAGGUACUCUUCAGAAUCAGCUUUUCGUGCUCCUCAACAUGUCCGCUGCUUCCUGUCCUGUCCCACCAAGGUAUGUGAGUGGCUCUAAGUGGUAUGGCCACCGGAGCCGACCCAAGUUUUGUGACUCUACUGCUGUGGCCAAAUAUGGAUCAGAACGGCAGGGCAAGGGCAGCCUGAAGUCACCGGUUCAGCGGGCUGCAUCUCUGGAAAGUGUAGAGAGCCUCAAGUCAGAUGAGGAAGCUGAGAGUGCUAAAGAACCCCAGGGUGAACUGUUUGAAGCACAAGUGCAGCCCGAGGUGUGGUACAGGGGCUCUUGA